UCUCUGUUAUAGAUGUGGAUUUUUGACACAAGUGAUGGUGAUCCUCGUCUUUUACGAUUCCGCAGUGGGCAUAGUGCUCCUCCACUUUGCAUCAGGUUCUAUGCCAAUGGGCGACACGUACUGUCUGCUGGUCACGAUCGUGCCUUCCGUCUUUUCUCAGUCAUCCAGGAUCAGCAAAGCAGAGAGCUUUCUCAGCGACAUAUAUCAAAACGGGCAAAAAAACUCAGGUUGAAGGAAGAAGACCUGAAAUUGAAGCCUGUUAUUGCAUUUGACUGUGCUGAAAUCAGGGAGCGGGAUUGGUGCAAUGUUGUUACAUGCCAUGCAGAUACUACAGAGGCAUAUGUAUGGAGACUUCAGCACUAUGUUCUUGGAGAGCAUAUUCUAAGACCAUGCCCUGACAUUCCAACUGCUGUCAAGGCCUGCACGAUCAGUGCUUGUGGCAAUUUUGCUGUUCUUGGGACAGCAGGUGGUUGGAUCGAGCGGUUCAAUCUUCAAUCUGGAAUCAGCCGAGGAAGUUAUGUUGAUAUAUCCGAAAAACGGAGCUGCGCUCAUGUUGGAGAAGUAGUUGGAGUUGCUUGUGAUUCUACAAAUACACUACUUAUAAGUGUAGGGUAUCAUGGAGAUAUAAAGGUCUGGGAUUUCAAGGGACAAGGUAAAUCUAGAUGGGAGAUUGGUUGUACUGUGGUUAAAAUUGUUUAUCAUCGCCAUAAUGGUCUUUUGGCUACUGUGGCAGAUGAUUUGGUAAUCCGAUUGUUUGAUGUUGUGGCAUUAAGAAUGGUUCGUAUAUUUGAAGGUCAUACAGACAGAAUUACAGAUUUGUGUUUUAGUGACGAUGGAAAAUGGCUUUUGUCUUCUAGCAUGGAUGGGAGUCUAAGAAUUUGGGAUGUUAUCUUAGCAAGACAAAUAGAUGCAAUAGGUGUUGAUGUGCCUGUCACAGCAUUAUCUCUAUCAUCAAAUAUGGAUAUUUUGGCAACUACUCAUGUUGAUCAGAAUGGAGUCUACCUGUGGGUUAAUCAGUCAAUGUUCUCUGGGGAUUCCUCUAUUGAUUCUUAUGGAAGUGGGAAGAAAGUUGUGAACGUUAAGUUACCAUCUGUUUCUUCUUUGGUAUCUUCUCAAGCUGAUGAUAUCGAGAAGCCUGUUGUCAAUCACAUGGAAUCAGAAAAUGCUUUGAGUAGUCAAUCUUUCAAUUUCAGGAUACCAGAUCUGGUUACCCUUUCAUUAUUGCCAAGUAGUCAAUGGCAGAGCUUGAUUAAUUUGGAUAUUAUAAAGGUCCGCAAUAAACCUAUUGAGCCUCCAAAGAAACCUGAAAAGGCUCCUUUCUUUUUGCCUUCGCUGCCGUUGCUUUCUGGGGAAAUAUUAUUUAAGCCCAGUGAAUCAGCUAAUGAAGAGAAUGACACAAAAAGCAACGAAGUGGAAGAGAGCAAAGAAAAAUUUGAUGUGCCA